AACAAAGAAACAAGGAUGAAAACAGCGUGCACAAGGCUGCAUUUAAGACAUAUAUCCCAGAAGUCAAAGAGCAUACAGAAUUUACAACACAAGCAAAAAGAAAUGCAAAAUACACCAAAUUAAAACCUAGAAUUAUGUAUUCAUCACAUUUACCCCAAAAAAAGGGAAACAAAUGGGGUAGGCUGGCAAAUCUGACCACUCCUCCUCAUUUGUGGAGCUGUUCAAUCAGGCCAAGAGGAAAUAUUUGAGGCAUUCUGUCGCACACAAAACUCCAGACCUGCAGCAUCCGCUCAACCUUCACAAAAGCAACAGGUAGGUCACCGACCAUCCUGAUCACAUCUGUCAAAUCUAAGAUACUUGGAUUAAUUUUCAUCUUUGAUGGCAAUUUAUGCUGACUGGUAAAAGUGAAUCAAUAGAGGAAUUUCUCAUAAACAUUUGGUUUAUUCCAGAAAUCUAAGCACGCAGAGCAAAUCAAUGUAUUCCUCCAGCAAUAUCUUGCACGACAGGCGCUCGGAGGACACUACAUCUUACCACUGUGACCUCAUGUUCAACUUGGACACAGCGGGUCUGUCCACCAGCCGCCUUGAUGCUUGCUCAGCUUUGAUUUGUUCCAGCCAGUUGGAAUCAAACCCAUCAGAAGACCACGCGGCGAGAAGGUACCAGUCAUCUCCAGGGUACAAUUCCUGCAGCCAGCGGGACUGGAACCGAAUGAGUGGCCAUCAAGCAAAACGUGAAAGGGUAGAAAGCAUCAUCAAAGGCAUGCAUUGCAUAAAUAAGACGGGAAAUUUGCAAGGAGUGUUAGAUGGAGUGCAGGAAAGCAAGCGGACUCAACGACGGAGUCAACGUCACGACUGGGAGGAAGAAAAAUUAGAGGAGAGCAUGAAUGCCAUGACUCAUGAGACAAAAAUGCCAGAGAAGAACUUCGGACAACUCCACACAACAUUUAACUGUGCAGAAGGAAUCUCCGAAACUAAGGACACCAGUCAGGAAAGUCUGACAGAAGAUUCCUCCGACACACCAAGGUGCAUAACCGAAGACGCCUUCAGCAAGUCUGAGGAUCCCUCGAAUAGAAACUAUCACAGCUGGCAAAAAGUAAACUGCUUCCACUCCAAACCUGCAAAGUUAAAGUUGAUGGCGAAUAUUUUAAAAUAUGAACUGUCACGAGCCGUCAGCCUAAGCGUCGACUCCCUUUUCAAAAGCAUUCCGUUUUUACAGACGAACGAGGAGACAAACACGUAUCAUCCAAAUCUUUUUCAGCAGUCAUUCUCACCUAAAGGCGUUACAAGUUCCAGAAAGGCAGAUGUUCAGUCUGAAGCACUUUCUCUGGUCGUGCAAAAACCUCCACUGGAAAGAACUGACAAGAUACUCGAGUCUAAAUCUUGUGGACGCAAAGCUCCAGUCUUGUCCGGUCAAUACCCUGAGCAACAACGGGUCCAGGUAUCAGAGGAGAUUCACGGCACUGCUCAUCGAUACUACAAAGUUGACAGAGCAAUGUUUGAAACACAAGAUGAACCUUGGAACACAGUCAAAGUGAGAUCCAAAGGAGGCUCAAGAUCUGCCAGAUACCCUCAGACCCAUUUGACUCCAAGGGGUACCUUACUUUGGGAAAACCUUUAUCUCCCUCAAGUGAAAGCGGAGUGUGAUAGCCUGGUGAGGAAUAAUGUGUCCAUUCCAAACGAGGGUCUGACCACAAGCCACCUGAAGAAAGCAAAGCUGAUGUUCUUCUACACUCGUUACCCCAACUCGUUUGUCCUGAAAAUGUGUUUCCACAAUGUACAGAAGAGGGAGGGAAAUUAUAGUCUGAUUGACACAGCCCACAAUGGCAGAGAGUCUGAAAUCUUCUGCAGGUGCCAGGACUAUGACCAGAACCUGAAGGCUGAGGUGUAG